AUGACACCGGUGGAAUUCCAUCGCAGUCGGGAGCCUAAAUUACUGAGGACAAUCUCUAUGAGGUCCGUCUUCAUGACGAGUAUGGCUUGUCCGAUAGUAGCCUUAAUCCUGUCGUUCAUACUCGGCGCGGCGUUGCAUCCAUCGCAGCUUUUCAGCUACCGUUGGACCUGUGGAACGGUCUAUAUGCCGUCAAUCUCGCGGGUGAUGAACAUGCCACUGGAACGUACAAUUUUCCAAACGCUCAUUCUAUCAUCUGUUCCGCUUCGGUUGCUUGUGCUGCUCAAACAAUGGCUGGAAUACUCCACUGAGGAUGCUUCGCGAGGAUUUGUGGUAGCGCGAACGUUGAUGAAGAUCUGUGGUGCGGCCGAUGUGCUCCUUCUCAGUCUGCUCUCAGUAAUUGGCGAACGUGAAAAUGGAGACAUUCAUGUUAUAUUGUUCGGUGGCUUCGCUGCCGCUUCUUACGUGUAUUUCAUCUGUGUUUGCCUAUUGACAAGGUGGACCUUCACUGGCUCGCAGUCGGAUGUUUGGAGAUCAAAACUACAGCGGACGUUCCUUGCAUGUGUUACGUUUACGAUCCCAGUCAUUAUCGUCCUCUUCAUUCUCUACAACGGAUUCUGUGUUCCAUUCACGUACGAGUUAUUCACAGUGUUCGAGUAUGUGACCGUACUGGCGAUGUAUGCAUUCCACCUGAGUUCACUGCCGAAAAUGACCGGCCAUGUGUACGUCUUUCACAGCAGUAUCAAGUCACGGACACAACGGGUGUAA